GAUAGUCGGCAAAAUUUCGGGCACACAGCCUGACAACUGACUCUGGCUCUUGCUUCGAUUGUAAUUGUAUAUAUAUACAUAUAUAUCCCUACCAUAUAUAUAUGUCUGAGUGUAGAAUUAUCAUUUUUUUGUUGCCGAAAAACAGUGUUCCGUGUUGAGAGGCGAGGGCGCCAUCCUAAAUGGCAUUGCACGACCGCCGGGAGCGAGCCGAGCGACAAACGAAAAGCAAGAAGAGCAAUUGCCCGCAACUGAGACCAAAACUCCGCCAGCGAGUCCCAGACUCCUCUCCCUAGACGGCCAGGAGUCGUCGCCGCUGAAAAGGCGGCCCUAACCCCUGGAAGCCCCCUUAUUGGUCCGAAGCUAGUGGAGCACCAUGUGCGAGGUCUGCGCCGACUUCCAGAAUCUCCUGGAGCUGUACGAGGUGCGUGUGGCUAGCUCGGAUCUCAAGUUCCAGCUGCUGCUGAAAAGUGAAAUUGAAACCACUUUCAAUUACAUCCAGUCCUGGCCGCAGCGCCAGUGCAUGUGCCUGUAUAGGGACACCAAGAACUACGACCGCUUUAACCUAGUGGUGCAAUCGCUCAUCUGUUUGACAGUGCAGCAUCUAAAGCACAUCGAUCACCUAAUCGACAACUACAAGCGACUCACGGCCAGCGCCGCCCAGGUAGUAGCCCAGGCCCAACAGCAGCGGGAAGAGGCGGUAGCCCAAGCAGAAGGCAAGGACUCUUCACUUGCGUCAGAAGAAUCCAAGAAGGAGGAGCCAUCCGGGUCUCCCAGUGAGGAGGCCCAGGGCUCCGGCGAUGGGCCACCUAAAAAGCCGGUCGGCCCCUGCACUCCUCCUCCUCCGCCCGCACCCACAUCGCAGCACAAAUCCCACCUGCAGUACACCGAUGAGCCAUGGAUUUUACCCGAGGUGGAGAAACUUCUGGUGCUUGUCUCCAAGGUGUUUCUGUUAAACUUUCCGCUGUACAUCGCCCAUAAGCAUGGGAUGCACUCGCGACUAGAUGACCUGCAAGCUGAAGAGGCCCACCACUUGGCUCUUAUCUGCGAUCUGCACGACAACGAUCUGCCAAUAUACCUGCUUCGCAAUGUGAGCCUUUUCUGUAAUUCCGGCGGCUUUGGUGCCAUGUCAUUGUGUUUCGAGCACCCCGAUCUGCCGGUGUCCACCGCCCACUCGAUGACUGCCGCAGUCUCGAAUGUGAAACUGUGGCUGAAUUACCAUUGCAACACGCAGCUUUUUGUGCCGUUGCGCAGCCGCAUCCUGCAGUAUAUGUGCAAGCUGUCUGACCAGAGUCUAAGAUCCGCAGCUACUCGCGCCAUGGCAGACUUCGUGUGGUCCUCUAUGCGGGACCCGCUGGACGUGGCCGUUAACUUCGACACAGAAGGAUUGGCCCUAGCCUUUAAGUACUUUACAUCGACCACUUUGACCAUGCGACUAGCAGGCAUGGCCCAAAUCAACGCACACAUCAACCUAUUCAAUGAGAUCUGUACCACCGAGACGGUUAACGAAGUGGAGCUUUUCGGACAGCGCAUAGCGAACUGGUUGACUGAGAACCAUAUUGUGCAGCAUCUGUUUGGUCCCAAUCUGCACGUUGAGAUUGUUAAGCAGGCGCACGUGCUGCUCAACUUAUUGGCGGUAGAGAACCAAAUCUCCGAAGAGGAUAUCAAGCUAAUUUGGCAGGCCACCCAGCUAAAGCACUGCUCAAAAACGAUAUUUGACAUCCUGCCGUCGUUGGUGAAAAACCUUGCUCCACGUCCGGCCAUGCAUCUCUACUCACUGCUUUGCCGCAUGGAUCCCAAGGAGCACACUGAACAAAGCAUUUAUAUAGCGUCAGCGCUUACAAAACUGCUGUGGACUCGCGAUUGUUCGCGCAGCCAGAUGAACCUAAUGCAGGACCACCUACUAGGAUCCAAUGUCACUGCAUCCAGCUCCGACAGCGGCAGUAUUGAAGGGAGCAAUACAGAGGACGACCAUGUUGGCGCCGACGACAGCAGUAUCGCUAGCGGUGGAGGUGGCGGGGGUGUCGGCAACAAGAGCCCAAUCGAUGGAGUUACUCCAUGCAAACAGGCCCGGCACAGACGGCACAUCUGUGACCCCACCACUGAAAAGGGAAAGCAAAUAAAUGCAGAGGACAUGGCCAAAGUGGACAUGGUAAACAAUCGGAUCGUGAACAUUCUCGACAAUACAAGCAGCGAAGAAGAGCUGCAAUCGCGUGCCGCCCUGGAGCUACAACUGCACCGUAGCCGCAAGAAAAGCAAUAAGAGACGCCGCCAAAAGACCAAUAAGCAGAUCAUUCUGCCUCACGAACUGGUUGAGAUCUGGGACGGUGCCGAGGAUGUGCCCAGCAGUGACGAGGCGGAUGCCGACGGUGAUGGUGAUGGCGAGGGUGAACUUCUGGCUGAUAGUGAUGAGUGCAGCGAUGGAGCCACGAGUCAGUUAGUUCCCGCCGCCGUCCUGAAGCAUUUGCAGGGCGAGGGACCGUACAUCCGGGCCAUUGAGACCAACAUUAGCGAACUGCUCAGUGGCGCAGAGAACGAUGGUAGUUAUUCCUCUCCAAUGAGCAACAAAUCCGAAAAGAAUUUGGCUGACUUCGACGAUGAGGACGUGUCGCCUUGCGAAGAGGAGCUAGCCCAGUUAGUCAGUUCCCGCGCCAAUUGUCGCGAUGUUCCACCUGCAUUCGCUGCUGCUGCCGCUGCAAUGAUGGUGGCCCAGUCCGCCAUGGCUCUUCAAAAAUCCGGUGAGUCGAACGUGGCCGCUGCUGCAGCUGCCGUAGCCGCUGCUGCCGCGGCUACCGGCACUGCCCAACAAACGUUGGCGGCGAUGAAUCGCCAGGCCAGCGUUGCCGCAGCCGCCGCUGUGGUCGCCGCGGCCAAGGCAAAGUCGGACUCUGACGUGGAUUUGAUGGAGGUGGCCGCCGGCAAGCAGCACCAUUCCCCCAAAGCCAGUCAGGCCAGCUCUGCAUCGGGGGGUACACCGGUGCAGCCCUCCUUUAAGCUCAAUGAUGUCUGUCAGCCGGGAAACACACUGCUGUGGGAUCUACUCCAAGAUGACAAAAUUGGCCAACUGGGAGAAUCUCUGGCAUUAGAGGCCGAAAAGGCGCUGGCCACGCUUUUGUGCUUUAGCAUGGAUCGUCAACUGCGCACGAAAUUCAUCGAAGGCUGUUUGUAUAACGUGGCUAGUAACAGGAGUGUUAUUGUCAGUCUACGGCUGUUGCCCAAGCUGUUCGCCUCGUUCCAGCAGUUUCGACCCUCAGAUACACAUUCGAUGACGCUAUGGGCAGAGCGAAAUCACCGGAUGAUGCAGUGCUUUUUCAACAACAUACGCCACUAUGCGCGUCGCCAUGCGGAGAUACUGAUCACCCAAAAUGGAGACCAGCAGCAACAGCAGCUUGGCGGUCAACUUUACUCGCACAAGACACAAGUCUCUGUUCGGCUGCAGUUCCUAUCCUCGAUAUUCUCAACAGUUGGAUCUCCGAAAAGCUUCCGCUUAACGCUGGAGCAGUUGGACGCCCUUUGGGAAUGGCUGGCCCAUGAUCCGGAGUGCGCCGAUUGUUAUUUUUCAUGGCUUCAAGCACAAGCUAAGGGCGGAGAUCAGCAUGCCUUGGGAAUCGAAGCCCUACAGCAUUUAUAUCUAAAGAAACUCCCCGAGUUGCGACCCGAGGAGUUCUCUAUGGUCGCAUUGGGACUAUUCCAACAACUGUGCAGUUUUGCCCGCAUUGCCAUGGCCGAGUACGACAAGCACAGCGAGCAGAUCUCGGUAAGCGCCAGUGCUGUUGGCAUGUACCACCUGUGGAAGAUUGCACUGCGCGCCCAAAGCAACGAUGUCUCCCUAGCUGCUAUACAGUACAUCAACAUGUACUACAUGGGUCAACAAUUGCGGCUAGAGAAGGAAUUCGUUUCUCAGUGCAUGGAAAACCUGGUUCAAGCGGCAACGGCCCUAGAAAGCAUCGAUGACGAGACUGCAUUGAUGCGUGUGCAGCGUGGACUGCUUUUACUGAACACCCAUCUGGACACUUUUCGGCGUCGAUAUGCUUUCCACCUGCGCCGCUGGGCAAUUGAAGGCAAAGGCAUUGGAUCGCAUAGCAACCUGAAGAAUGAGGGAGCAGGUCCGCCCCUGCGAAUCGUACUACAGCAGGCAGGACUCUCGGAGAAAAGCCUGCUGCAAAUGCACGCUUGUGACCUUAUCGCUGACCUUAAGGCGGAGGUUUCCAAAUGGUGGGAGAGUCUUCAAACUGGAUUAGCUGCACCUGUGCUCGGUCUGCUUCUCAGCGAUGGACCGUUGCGCAUAAUCACCCAGGGACAGGAGUUGACCUCCGAUUACGAUGAGCGAAGUCUCGGAGAUGCUGGCUUCAAGGAUAAUCAGAUUGUAUACGUAUCGUUGGGAGGACGCGGUGCUCGGCGAAAAGAAUCCAAUUUGGAGCACCCGUCAAUGCUGCCGCCACCACCAAAGGAGUGUUUACCCACAGUGCUCCUUUUGCAACCCAAGUAUUUUGAGAAGUUGUUCUGCCUUAUGCAGACCUUAGGAGAUAUGCAACCACAAACGUCGACCACUAACCCUCAACACCACACCAAGGCUCAGUUGCUCUCUCGACGCGUAUGGGAUAUUCUUGCCAUGUUACCUACCAAUCCGCAUAUUCUGGACGCCUUCAAGGGUCUGGUCACGGAUCUUAGCGAAUUGGAGCAACUGGAUGCUGGCGGAGAGGAAGAACAGUUGGCUACCAAACGCAAGCAUAUAAAGCAAAAGUUUAAAGACCUUCUCGAUCCAAACAAUCUGCAAAAGUUCAUGUACUCCCUGCACAUUGUGGAGAGUCUGGCAUUAACCAGUUCUAGACGUGGCGAGACUAAUGGAAACAUCUCUAUGGGUCAUCCACCAGAGCAGGUACGAGUGAAGAAAUCCUCGAUGGGAAGACGGCGAAACAGCAACGAACAGCCGCCUCCUCCGCCGCCAGAGGCUAAGCAAGGGAAGGAGCAACUGUGUGAGCUGGAGGCACCACUGACCCCCACGCCUACUCCUGGACUGCAGGAUGUCGAGACGGAGGCCAGCAGUAGCAGCGGAGGCGAUAAAGAAAACCAACCGAAGCAGCACAGCAAACGCCAAAAGAAAAGCGAUGCUUUUGAUCAAGAAAAGGAACGUCCAGUGGGUUGCUCGACCCCACCGUCCCCAGCUCCACCUCCACCGCCACUCUCUGUAAUGGAUAGGGGUGACAACAAGUGGAGCGAGGCAUUCGUAAAAUGCGGUGGGCUCCGUCAUCUCUACGAGAUUUUCAGCGGUGGCCAACUACAAAAAAGCGCACAUCCCAAGGAACUGGCUUUGAAUGAGUGGCGCCACGAUUGCCUGGCUAGUCUGCUGCGCAUCCUCUGGCUAUUAGGUUUCGAGGAGCUGCAGUCGGCCGAUGCCCAUGUUCUUAUGUCACGUCCGCAUCCGUUUAUGCUACAGUUAAUGGAAGUUCCAGAGUGCCUGACUCGUCUCUCAUCUAUCCUCAAUGACGAAGUUCAUCAGCAGCAUCAGGCGUCAUCGGCCAACCCGCUGGUGUUCCCCUAUCAGUUCCAGCACCUACGCACUGGAUUUUGGGGCAGGGCGCAGCUCAUUCAGUUCGCCAUGAACAUCUUGGUGAGCUUUGUGCAUGCCUCGGAGGAAGCGAGAAGGUUACUCUGGGCCCAAUCAGAUACGGAUCACUGCCGCUGGCUGCAGAAGUUUAUCCUGGAAGAUCCAGAACCUGCUGUUCGACGUGAGAUUUGCGCUGGCCUUUAUCGCAUUUGCUUGGGAAACGCACACAGCUAUCGCCUCUUGUUGGCGCCACUGCUGCACAAGCUCAUCGCCCUGCUGCCAUUGGCAGAACAGAUGAGUUCGGGCACCCAGCCCACUCAGUUUCUGCUCUCCGAGGAAGGCAAGGAUCCGUACGGACCCGCCUGCAGGGAUUAUUUCUGGCUAUUGGCUAGAUUAGUCGACACUCUCUCCCCGGAAAUGGUGGCUGAGGAGCACAUUGAUAUUGAAAUGCUAUGCGAAAGCAUCUCGCAGAGUAUUCUCACUAGAGAGUAUUUCGAGCUGCGCCAUGGUUACCAGGAUGAUGGAUUGGUGGGUCUUCUGAACCUCAUGUCCAACCUGAUUAAGUACGACACCACCUUCAAGUACACCCCAAAGGCACUAUCCUUCAUUGAGCAACUGAUUGGGUUCCUUUUUGAUAUGCCCUCGCCGGCGGAUCGCCAGAAACCCAAGUGCAAAUCGGCAUCUUCUCGAGCGUCCGCUUACGAUCUGUUGGUUGAACUAUGCCGUGGAUGUGCCACAAACUACGGGUAUCUUCAUGGGCGUCUCUUGGCUCAACACAAAUCUGGACCCAAGCAGCCGUAUCCCUGGGACUAUUGGCCGAGAGAUGAAGGAAGGUCCGAGUGCGGUUACGUGGGACUGACUAAUUUGGGAGCUACUUGCUAUAUGGCUUCUUGCGUCCAGCACUUAUACAUGAUGCCUCAGGCGCGAGCGGCUGUUUUACGAGUUCCACCCACCGCUGCCCGUAAGCAUGGACCCACGCUCCUAGAGUUGCAACGUAUGUUUGCCUAUCUACUGGAAUCGGAACGGAAGUCUUACAACCCGCGUAGCUUUUGCCGGGUAUACCAGAUGGAUCACCAGCCACUAAACACAGGUGAGCAAAAGGAUAUGGCGGAGUUCUUCAUCGAUUUGGUAUCCAAACUUGAGGAUAUGACUCCCGAUUUGAAGCACCUGGUGAAGAGGCUCUUUUGUGGCUCUUUGAGCAACAAUGUAGUCUCUCUGGAUUGCGGUCAUGUUUCCCGGACCGCCGAGGACUUCUACACGGUGCGAUGCCAGGUGGCAGACAUGCGAAACCUGCAGGAAUCCCUAGACGAGGUUACCGUAAAAGAUACGCUAGAGGGCGAUAACAUGUACACCUGCUCACAGUGCGGUAAAAAAGUAAGAGCGGAGAAGCGGGCCUGCUUCAAGAAGCUACCGCAGAUUUUGUGUUUUAACACCAUGCGCUACACCUUCAACAUGGUCACCAUGCUUAAGGAGAAGGUUAACACUCACUUUUCAUUCCCUCUGCGACUGAACAUGAGUCACUAUGUGGAGAAGACCUUAAUGCCGCAGCAGUAUAAAGAGGAGCGAGAGAGACGUCAACGGGAGAACGAAGGAGCAGAUGCUGGAGGUGGUGAGAACGACAACGAAAAAGCGGAGGCCACUUUAGAUGCCGAUAUAGAGGAAUGCUACGAAUACGAACUAGUGGGUGUUACUGUCCACACAGGAACUGCUGAUGGCGGACACUACUACAGUUUUAUCAAGGAGCGCACGAAGACCAGUUACCAUCCCCACGAGCGCUGGUUCCUUUUUAACGAUGCCGAAGUGAAGCCUUUUGAUCCAUCACAGAUAGCUGCCGAAUGCUUCGGUGGGGAGAUGACGAGCAAAACCUACGACUCAGUGACGGAGAAAUAUUUGGACUUUAGCUUUGAGAAAACUAACUCCGCCUAUAUGCUGUUUUACGAGCGCCGAUUACCAGAGCAUCUGCAGCGUCGGCAUUCUGAGCUACUAGUUACACCUACGCCAAGUCCCACUGUGGAGGAGAAGUCCGAGACUGAGGAGCCCACUAAAAUGGAAACCAGCGCCAGCGAGAUAAAGGCAGAUGUAGAUAUUGAAGUAGAAGAUGAGGAGAAAGGCAAAGAGGAGCCUGCGAAGGCUGAGACUGAUUCCAAGGAGACCCCUAAGAAAGAAGAGGUUACGGAGCCCAAAACAAAGCAGGAUGAGUCUGAGAAAAAAGAAAAUGAUUCGCAAUCACUAAAAAGUGAAAGUAAAUCGGAAACGGAUAAAACGAACACGGAGAAGUCGAUCGAGAGCAAUGAGGAGAAACAGCCAACAGCCAAUUGUGAUAAUCAUAAGCCAAGCAACAAUAGCCACAACAAAGCAAGCAAUGAUCAACAGCCUUCCACGUCGAAGGCUGCUCAGAAGCUACAACUAUUUCGUCCGUUGUUGAACAAGGAGCUGGAGGAUUGGAUCUGGCAGGACAACCGACAGUUCCUGCAGGAUCGCAACAUCUUUGAGCACACUUAUUUCAACUUCAUGUGGCAGAUAUGCGGUCACAUACCCCAAUCCUUAAUAUCAGAAACGGACGUGACCUGCAUGGCAGCCAAAUUGUCAGUGUCGUUCUUUAUUGAGACUUUUAUUCAUGCUAAGGAAAAGCCCACAAUGGUGCCCUGGGUGGAGUUGCUGACGAAGCAGUUCAAUGCAAGCCAGGAGGCCUGCGAAUGGUUCCUGUCACACAUGUCAUUGGAGCCCUACUGGCCGGUGCAGGUGCUUAUCCAGUGUCCCAAUCAAAUGGUGCGUCAAAUGUUCCAGCGUUUGGUUAUCCAUGUCAUCCAGCAAUUACGCGCUUCUCAUGCGGAUCUGUAUCUGGAUGUGGAAACGGACGAGGAUGACAAGGAGUUAAUUGGCCAAGCCUCUUGCGUCACCCGAUUCAUUGGCUCCCUUAUCUCGCUCUUGGAGCACGGUGCCCGAGCCAAUCUGCGCCAUCUUUCCGAGUACUUUGGUCUACUUUGCGAGUUCUCUCGUAUGGGAGAUGAGGAAGCCAUGUACUUGCUGCGCAUAGGGAUACUCAAGAGCCUGGUGGACUUCUAUUUGGGACACAAGCAAACAGAUAGCAUAGAUAUAAGCUCUGACAACGAAGACAACUCUUCGGACGAGGCGCUGUCCGUGGAGAAGAUGCGUCCGGCCUCUCUGGACAAAAUGAUUGCUCUGUGUGCCAGCUUAGUUGAGAGAUCACGGGGACCCGACUUUCGACUGCGACUUUCGCCGAAAGACUUUACAGCUAUCGCCGGCGGCAAGGGUUUUCCAUUUUUGUACCAACAAAUAAAGGACGGCAUUAAUCCACACCAGACAAAGCAUUUAAUCCACGCCCUUUGUCGCUGGGAUGAGCGCCUGGCCACUCAGAUCAUCGGCAUGCUAUUCGCCUCUGUGACCAAGCACACAGAAUUGUGUGCGCCUUUCUUCAAGCUGCUCACUCUUCUCACCGAGACCCAGGGAGGCCCUGUGGGUCUGCCAUGUUUCACCCAGUUAAUCCUGCCGCGUAUGUGGGAUGCGGCAGAAUACUGUCCACAGUCCGUGCUCGACUGGCUCUCGUUACAGGCCACUAAGAACAAGAUCGCCCACGCCUGGAUUCUUCAAUCAGCUGAACAAUGGCUGGAGCAAUUCCUGCUAGCCCAUGAUAACACGCGUGUCCGGAACGCUGCCGCCCUUCUCCUGGUAGCACUAGUACCUUCACAGCCUUUCCGGGCCAACUUCCGCGCCCAUUCGCAACACAAGCUCCUGGCCCUUAACCCUCACAGCUAUCGGGACAUUAACAGCGAUGCACAGGUGGUGUUGCAUCAGGUAAUCACGCUGCUCUUGAGAAUGCUCCGUCCUGCGCGGGUCUAUGCGGACAUCGGGGCCCAUGGUACCACCAAGCUGACCGCCUACUUCAAUCUGCUCAGCUAUUGUAUGGUUUCAAAGACUGAAAAACUAAUGAUAGGUUCGUACAUGCGCUCUCUGUGGGAGCUGUUUCAUCCACGCCUCUCGGAGCCCAGUGUUCCGGCCCAUCACAAUAAGCAUGCGCUAUUAACCUUUUGGCACCACUCACUGGUAGACUGUCCGGAGAAUGCCGCCCAGGUGGCCAACUGCCCGGAGAUCACGCGGAACAUUGCAUUUAAUUAUAUACUGGCCGACCAUGAUGACGCGGAGAUAGUCACCUAUAACCGUUCCAUGCUGCCCGCCUACUACGGACUGCUCAGACUUUGCUGCGAGCAGAGCCGAGCCCUCACCCGCCAGUUGUCUCAGCACCAGAACCUCCAAUGGGCCUUCAAGAACAUCACACCCCAUCCCACACAGUACGCGGCCGCUGUGGACGAGCUUUUCAAGUUGAUGGCGCUAUUCGCCACCCGCCAUCCGGAUGCUAGUGAACAAGAAAAGCUCGAUGUGACCCAGUUUAGGAGGGCUGUGAUCGUGUCAUACACUAGUAGUCUUGACGCACGUGUCUCUUGGUCCACUCUAAUCAGUGCUCUUAAGAUUCUCGUGGACAAUGAGGAGGACCGCACCAUGGUGAUCUUCAACGGCGGCAUAGAGAUGUGCUUUGAGGCGCUGCACACGCUACAUUCCAUGCAUCACGAGGCUACCGCCUGUCAUGUGGCUGGUGAUCUGUUUGAUCUCUUGGGUGAGAUGUUACUGCUUCUAGCCACGUUGCGAACACGCACCGAUAGUCCAGCGCAAAAAAAGCAGCAGCAACAACAGCAGCAGCUGGAGCAGCAGUUGCAGUUGCAACAGCAACAGAUGUUGCAGAAACAGCAGCAGCAAUCACAAAGCCAAACUCAAACACCGCAGACGCCACAGCAGAAGGAGAAACAACUGCAGCAGCAGAUGCAGCAGCACCUGCAACUGCAGCAGUUGCAACAGAUGCAGUUCCAGCAACAGCAUUUCCUGCGUCAACAGCACCAACACUCGGCACUGGCCAAGGCACUGCCGGAUGCAGUAAAGCGGCUAACGACACUUCUUAACACUUUCAACUCGCCGGAGAUUAGUCGUAUGGCCUUGGAAGUGCUUAAGGAGUUGGUGCGCAACACGAGCCUGGAAACGAUUAGCAUUUUGGCGCCAAUCCUUAUCAAUUGUCAUCUGUCAGUCGCGAAUGCACCUAAUGCUAUUGGCCCCCUUGGACCAUACUUCCCACGUCGCGGUGCAAAGCAUACGCCUUGGCCUUUGGGGGCCAAAAACUCUCCCCGUCCACCACGCCCUAUGGUACAGAUGUGCAUCGCUCUGGCGGAGUUAACACCCCGUGGUCUAGAUGCAGACUACGACGUCCAAGUUGAGUCCUUCUACAGACCUUAUCAUGACUUCAUUGAUGUCAUGAUGCGAAUGUGUGUCAACACUGGAACUUUGAACGACACGUUGGUUAAGCUUCAAUGUUUGGUAGCCAUUGAGUCUACGCCACUGCACUUCAACUAUUUUCCCAAAUUCUGGGUGGGCAUCCACAACAAUGCACUGACGCACAAAUACGUUGAUCUUCUGGUGAAGAAUCAAUUGCUAGUGGAGUACCUUCACAAUGUCCUGAAGGAUGAGCGUAGCAUGUUAAAGGACGCCUGCGUACGCGAAUUCCUGGAGCUUUAUUACCACAAGGUUGCCGACCAGCUUCCGGUAGCACGUAUGAUCUACACGAUAAACUAUGGCAUGCACUCUAAGGACGACAUUGAUGAACUGUGCGGCGAUCUGUUCGCCAUCCGCAUCAUUGCCCAGGCGACUGGAGUCCCAGCCUCAGUGCGUAAAGAGCUGCGAGGAUCCCUGAGGGCACUUCAAAACAAGAGCGAAAGGUUUAGGAAGGAGUCGGAGCGUGAGCUUUUAUUAUAUACUCCAUUAUUCUCAGAUGCAUUUCCAAACAAGAAGUUGAAACGGGACUCCCAGAAGGAUAAGGAAAAGGAUCAAGGGCAGUCGGAUGGCGAGAAAGUCGUCUCAGUGGACACAGAUAAACCAGCAGAUGUUUCAAUGGAAUCUAGUGGUAACCCAGAAACAGUGGCAGACAGCACCAAACCACCUACUCCUGCCGGCAGCGAUGAUGAGCAGAUGGAGAAGACGUCAAUUCCUUCGUCGGAUGAUGAGACGGAGCUGGAGGAUGAACUGCAGCCGACUCCUAAGCGUAACAAGAAGGCGUCAAACAAAAAAACUGCCCAAGAUCGUCUCAACGAAGAGCGCGAAAAGCGUCUAAUUACGCUGAUUACCAUGGAAUCAUAUAUCCAGAGCAUUUUUGCCAUCCUCAAACGGGAUUCUGGUGUUCCCAAUACAGGGUCGACCAAGGAACCAAGUGAGGAGCCGUGUGGUGAGGCCUCUACAUCGGCGGCAGCAGCUGUAAAGUUAACCCGGCCCAAGGGAGCUUGUACUCCGCCCGAGCCGAUGCCCGAAACAACUGAUAAGCGGUGCAACAUGGAAACGGAGGCGGAGGAGCAAUCGCCAAAGGCGAGUCACACAAAUGGAAGCCAACCGACCGAGUCCCCGCCAGCGUCCACUAGUAGAGACACUGCCCCAGCGAAUCCGUCACCCGCCCCCUCAGCAGCCGUUGCAUCAACGUCCCAAGCAGCAAGUCCUACACAGAUUUAGUUGUCAUUCAACGAUUUGCUCAGCAUUUUGUUUUUCGGCAAGCCAAUGGACUGAUAAUGGGCCCCGGGGGCUGACCACGGCUGAGCUCCUAACCUGUAAGAAUUUUGUGGCCAAAGGUCAAUGUUAGGUACACGUAAACAACCCAAGGUUGGUGCUAAUGGUUGUCUUGGGGGUGAGCCUAGGCACACACACACACACAAAUCAGACUAAUGGCAAUUAAGAGCGACACAAGCUAUUAAGCUCCCAACUUGAUUUCCCUUUUCAGAAAAUAGAAACUGCUGGAACUUCUCUUAUCCGAGAACAACGAAAGUGGAAAGUGAAAACUGGUUAGGGGUCUCUAUUAGACUUAGUUAAGCUUAACAACAAAUAGCAAUGUAACACACACAUUCAAGCCCCGCACGCAACACCCCCAUAACAUACCCGACCGAACCACACACAUAUAUUCAAUAUAUAGAUAUAAAUGUAACUAAUUUAAGACUACCAAGCACGCAAUGUCCCCCACAGAGAAGAGAACCCGUAAAAGAUCCCCUUUCAUAUGGAUAGUUAAGGAACACGUUUAAACAAUCCAAUGGAAAAAUUUGUUAUGCCAAAAAGAAAAAUAAAAACAAAAAGAGCGGAAAAACAGUUGAAUUAGAGGCAGAAUUAAUACCACAAAUAAAAUGUUUAAACGAGAGCAGUUAAAGAAGAUCAAUAAAACGGCUUAUGAGACGCUAAUAUCUAUAUAUGUUGUAUUAGAUCGAUUAAGUAUCAUUUAUAAAACGAUGCUAAGAACAUUUGCUUACCUUCUUUUCUCGCCUUUUCCUACCCCCCAAAAUGCACCAUAAACACGAUACGUUAGAAAUGAACAGAUAUUAUUAUAUUAGAACUUAACGAAACAUUUUAAAUAUUGGAUGUGUUAAAAUAUUUCAUAAUCAUUUUCAAUGUAAAUCGCAUAACGCAAACCAAUCGAACAGUUUUUAGUUUACAUCCGAUAAGGAUAAAAUGUAAUGUUUAGGACGUAAGGAGUGUAGAGAUUUUUCGUCCCAGGUGAAACACAAUGGGACAAAAAUGGUAAAAUUAAAUAAAGAAACUGGCCAGCCCUGAUAAGGGUCGCGUAUAUGGAUAGUUCUAAGAAAUCACACACAAAAAACAUAAGCGAUCGAUAUCCACACAAUGUAAUGUUGAAAAACAACACAAAACCCAAAACCUAAAUCACACCCAAACAAAUCAUGAGAAUAAUAAGUUUAAAUGAUAUGUAA